AAAUUACUAAAAAAUUGCCACAGAAAAUAUUUAUGGAUAGCUGUUUUAUUUAUUACAAAUUGGAAAUUUAAAAUAAACUGCUUUCAUAUGUAUUUGAAUUUAUUUUUCUAAUGAAACUUCUGGGAAUGUUUUUCAUGCAUGCUACUAAAAUAAGAAUGAAAGUCAAGUAAGAAGUAUAAAACUUAAGAAGAUUAUUCUUCAUUUACUUUAUUUGUAUGCAUCUUAUAUGAUGCUUAAAACAGUGAAUAUUUGAGGUAGAAUUUUGAUGUAUAUGAAGUUUGGGUAUGAAUAAUAAAAUAAUUACAGUGCUGUAUAUUUAAACUGUGGUGGAAUGAAGAUCAUUAUGAUCCAUUCAGUGGAAACAAGAGGACCCAUGUUUUCGGGAACAUUUCUUUAUUGAUUACAUUUCGCACAAAAGUCAAGACAAGACAUUUAUGCACACAUCUCUCUAACAGAACAGCAUCUCGUCUCCUUGUUUUUACAAUUGCAAUGCACUAUGGAAUGCAUACCUAAUCAGACAUCACUAUCUAUUAUCCAAUAGAAAAGAUAGAAUAAUUCAACUGCUACAAAACUAUAUAUGUUCUGAAAAGUAAUGACUGAAAACUUAUUUGAAUUUAUAUUAGCAUUCUUAAUACAGCAAAAUCUAAAUUGAUUUUUAUAGCAUAAACCACCAUAAACUAUUUAUGCUUCAAGGACAUAUAUAAAAAUAAAUCUUAUUUGCAUUAUUUUCUCUGAUUUUUGAGCAAUAUAUAGUAUCUAACCAAAAUCUGUAUUGUUUUCUAAAUAACCAUUUUCUUCAUGUUUAGCAAAAACUUUACUUCUAAGAGUUACACUGUGCAUAAAUAUACAGUAGUUUAUUACUUCUGUGGAAAAGUAUUCAUAUUAAAAAGAAAGAAAAGAAAAGGAUGCAGAGAAAUGUAACAUCACCAAUUACAUUUCAUAAAGGUUUUUUUUUAUCAUUUAAUUUUUUGCUGAUUAUUGGAAAUGAGAUGUGUGCAAAUAUCUUCACAUUUUUAAUGGAUCUCAAAUCAUCUUGUCAUUGUAUUAUAAGCUGGAGAUUGAGUAUCAUCCUCAAAAGUUUUCGAAUCUGAACUUUCUCUACUAAUGACAUAUUACCCAAACUUGAUUGAUUUUGAUCAUCAGAGUAUUUUUUUCUUUGAUGAAGAUGAACUCAAAUUCAUAUCAACUUCUCCAAGAGAUCAGUUUUCUGCAAGACUUAAAAUCGCCUUGCCCUCCCUUCUAAGCAGCAUCUUCAACAUUAAAAGCUUAAAAAGUAUGAGCUUUUUGAUGAAAGGAAAAACAAGCAUUCUUCUUAGUAUUAUAGUAUCUUUAUUCCACAUUUAGAGAUAAAAUAUCAGGAAUAGCAAACAUAAAUCUCAAAAUUCAGUAACCUAUUGGUGACUGAUAAAUUUUGAAAGUAAAUUUUUCUGCAUUAGAAAAUUGGAUAUCUGAAGGAUUUUCAAUGGAUGGAAGAAGAUGGAAACUUGGAAGAAAUCUCUGCACUGGCCUAAUAAUUCCAAUUUUUAUAUUUUGGAUUAACUAAUUUUAAAGCUGUUCCUUGUAAUAAUUUAUCAAGGAUCCUUUGUUAAUCAUGUAUGAAAUAGAUUCAUUUUAGCUAUAAUUUUAAUCGUCAGUUUUUAAGUGUGUUUAUUGGAUCAUCAAAUCAAGAAAUAAAAAUUAUUUACAUUGAAUCUAUCAGAAUGAAGCUCAAAAUUCGAUUUUUUGUUGCGUUUUAUUUAUAUGGAUGAUAUAAUACAAGUGCAACUUUCAUUGCUAAAGAAGCAGGAAUAGAAAAAUUUAUCUACACAGAAUCAAAGGCUAAAGAAAACAAGAACUAGAGAAACAUAUAAUUUCCUUUGUUUCUCAUUAUGUAAAGUACUAAUAGGUGUUUAUAAUUUUCUUUAAAAAAAAUUUUUUUUUUUAAAGUACUCUUUUACAGUAAUUUUUAUGUUGAAAAUGGAGUUGUUUACAAGCCAGCAAAAAGAAAACUGUGUGUCCUUCAUGGUAAUAAAGAAUCCUCACAAAUGAUAACUGAAGCCAAUUCAUUUCGGUCAAAAAUACUGCUUUAUGUGCUACAAAUCGAUUUGAUCAUCGUUCAGAGUUUUAAUAUAAAUCUUUAUUUGAAAAGUAUUUUAUCAGUCAAUGAAUAUCUUGUGGCAAGAAAAUUUACACAUUAAAACUUAUGUAACUCAGAAGAUUCUUUACUACAAAACGUGCUUGGCUUUCAAAUAUUUUUUUUCAUGGAACCUUCUUGUGUCUCAAAAGUUGGUGAUACAGCAUCCAUUUCAAAAAAUUAACUUCGAGAACAAAUGCAAGCUCUUAAGUUUGCCAAUUUUUUCCUGGUCUUCUGAUCCAUAUGAGAGUUCGCAGCUUAAAAAGGCCUAAAUAUGAAAAAAGGAAGAUGUCCCCAUCUCCUGUUAGACGUGAUAUUCCCUCCUCCUCACAUGGAAUGCGUGGUCUUUCCCCAUAUCAUGAUGAACGUUACUUAAACCCUAGAUCUUCUGCACAUGGAUCCCAUCUCUCUUCUCCUCCUCCUAUAAAGAAGAAAGCUCGAAGAGAACCUGACAGAUAUGAACGUGCUGAAACUCCUAGUAUGAUGAUGCGGCGAUCUGAAAUGUCAAUGCAUUCAGAAGAUAGAAUGCCUCACCGAAGUGAUAUGCUUCCUCAUUCCACUUCUAUAUCAUCUUCAUCCCACCGUAGCCAUGCUGCAUCAGCAGCUCAUGAUGAUCGAAGAGAUCAUUACGAAAUGGCAGAUCGUGGACAUGGCGGUCCUCCCCCUGUACCAAGUCAUUCUAAACGGCCACCAUCCGUAAAAUCUCCUUAUGAUGGUCAACAUAAUGAAAGAUAUAGAAGUCCUAGCCCUUCGAGUCGAUAUCCUUUGACUGAUGAAAAGCGUUAUGCUCCUACUUUGCAUGAAAGAUUCAGUGCUGUUGUUGAUAGGCACAGAACUGAACCAAAAAUAAAAUAUUCCCGGGAAGAUUUAGAAAAAAUAACCAUUGACAUUCAUCGUAACUUGAAGGCACAAUCACCUACUUUAAGGCGCAUUGUUGAUCCAAGUGAUGUGAAAUUAGUUCGUCGAGCCAAUGAGGGGCAUCGACCCAUGUUUGAUCGAGAAGAAAUCAAGCAGGCUGCUAGAGAUAUGAGAGAAGAUGCUUAUUAUGAAAAAAAGGCAACCUCUGGAGGAGGAAUUUAUAAUUCUACACAUUCCACAAAUCUUAGAGAUGUAGAAAAUUAUGAAAUCACUCGUCAUAGGUUUGAGACUCAUCAUCAAGCAUUCCAAGCUACUAGUGGACGUAGCCUCAGUGAUCGGUGGCAGAAUCCUGAGUCACGGAAAGAAAGUACAGCUUUGGAUCAAGAUGAUAGAGAGUAUGAGCGACUGCACACCAAAAGAAGUUUUGGUGAUACUCGAUCGUCAAAAUCUGGUGACAUGGAUUUUCGUUCAGAAAGAUAUCCAGCUGGAGAAACAAGUCGAAGUAGAUCGGAUUAUCCCGACAGCCAUCAUCGUACACAUUCCCCUGAUAUUGAACCUAGGAGUCUUAUUGCACACAGGAAGGAGGGGCCACAUUCAGAUGCCAGAAAGAAGCUAAGCAUGAGAAGGGACAGUGACCGAGAACUUCCACCUAUUGGUCACUCUGAUGGUAGAAGUCGGUAUAUGCCAUUGUCUGAAAAACGCUAUUCUGACAGCUUAAGCAGAGUUGAAAAGCAUCAUGUUGAUCACAGAACUUCUAGUAUGGAACUACCUCACAAGUGGACUACCAAAAGAAGAUCUCCUAUGAAAGAAGAGAAAAUGUCUGAAUUUUCUCGAAGGCCUGAUAAAUAUGCUUAUAAAUCAUGGCCUGAAGAUUUUCCUGGUCCACCACGUAAUUCAAGCUAUUACGAGGGUAGUCAUGAAGGUAUUGAGUCAUAUAGAGGAAGAGGGAGCUCCAGACCAUUUCGUGGUACAAGAGGGCUUCGUUCUCGUGGUCGAGGCAGUUUUCCAUCUCGUUCGUUCUAUAGAGGUGGGUACCGAAACUCCAACACGUUUAGAGGAAGAGGAGGAUCCAGAAGAGGCAGAUUUUCACCUGGUUUAUGGGAACAUGAUUUGUAUUCUCGAUCAUCUGAGGAUCGUAAAAUUGACCUUCCUUAAUUGUACAUUGUGUUGCUGUCUCAUGAUCUCUUUGUUACUGAAAUGCCAUUUUGUUAAAUAUUGCAAAUAUGCAAUUAUAUACCUAUUGCUAAAUAAAAUGUUUAUGUACUAUCA